UCGUUGGAAGUCUUUGAAGUCAUUCUUGACUUGGAAAGACUGGAAGAAGCUUCUUCAAAUUUGGGAAUUGAGUGAUUGACCAAUUCAAUGGGCAUCUUCGUGAUUAGAUCCCUUUUUCCGCUUGAUAGCUCUGAGAUUGAAACAUAACUCAGAAGGCCAUUGAAUGAGCGUCUUUAUGGUUCGUAACCCUGUCAAAACAUGGUAAACGGCAGCGAGUUGAAGGAUCACUCCCAACUCUAUGAGAUGAUGAUUGUGAAGCCUUAAAUCUUUGCACACCUGAGAAAAAUACAGCCAGUUAUCCUUUUGAGCACAAAUGCACGCAGUGCCUUGACGUGCCUUGAUCAACAAUGAUACCGCGAAAUGAGGAUUGGUAAUACCGGUAAUGGACGGAUGAUGCACAACACAUCCUCUGAAUUCGGUGAUUUAUGGCGGAAUAUCACGAUUUUCGCCGUAAGACACGAUUUUGAACAGUGAUUCCGAGGCAUUACUUAGGAGGUCACCAGCAUUACAGAUAUGAGGAGGCCAAAUUACAAUCCUUUGUUGAUUAUAAUUGAGAUUCCUACCGGGACGGUGUAAAUGAGUACUCAUCUCUCACAACAUCUCAGCGGAGGGCUGCAUCGUGUUAUGGCAUGAAUACCAAUGAGUGAUCUUUUUGCAUUCUUGCCUCCCUCUCCUUUGCGAAUUUCUCGUGCGGGACUCUUCUCAAAGAGAAAGGAAGGCCAAAGAUAGUGGUGCAUCAACUCUCUUGUCCCCAGGGGCCUGGCCGGGCUCGAUCGCGAGAAUGUUCCAAGCAUCAGCUGACGACGACCUCUUGGUUUUAGGGGACAUGGUUAUGCUUCGGCGGCGACGGCCUGUCCUCGAGAAUGGAAUCGUGUCAAGAUGAAGAUUGAGAUAUUAAAUGUCUCUGACGGGGAAGUGUUCAAUUAUGGCGUGGUGCUCAUUUACGGUGCUGUGGACACACCCGCUUUGGAUGUCUCCCGGACAAUCUACAUUAGUCAGACUGACGAUCUUCAGGUUCAGGCCAUGGAUCUGCGUGGCAAUAAGUUCAAGCAUCUGGUCCGCCUCAGGCCCGGUGAAAACCAUUUCGUCUUCCAGUACUUGAACAAGAUGGCCCAACUGACGCUCAUUCGGGAGAUCGUCCAGUCGGAUAUCCAGCAUGUUUUCAAGCUCUUUUACAUCGUGUGCUCAGAUGACCAGGAUGGGCGAUUUCAAUCACCCGAGGAUCAGCCUCAUGAUUUGGCAACGGCCAUAUCCCGGAUGAAACUGGGGGCGGAGCUGAUGCAAUGUUUCUUGGGCGACAGUUUGGCAUGCCAGGGAUUUCUUCAUAAGGCAAUCCAUUUCAAUCAGGAUGAUGGGGAUCUACUCUUCCGACCGAAAGUGGAAGUUCUUCACUCGGGCUUGACCAUUGAGCAAGCUCGGGCCAUGAGUGGUCAAGAGCUCUGGGAAUUCCACGGCAAGGAGCUCCUGAAACGUGGACACCUCGGCGAAGAGAUGAAAUGCAUCGCUAUCAUGUCAGCAACAAGCUAUCAAAAUCCUGGCCAGAUUAAGCCUAAAUCCCAUCAAGACACGCUGGACAUGACCCAAGGGCACGCGGCAUUGGGUGGAGGUGGGCUGGCUUUAUUUGGCUCCGGAUGUCUUUACACAUGGCCUGACAAGAUUGAUCAAGUCCAAGCUCGUUUUCAAGAUCAGACACCCGUGAAUUGGAAGAAAUUCAUGGAUGACUCGGGUUACAGGGGUACAAUUGGUGGAUGUUUCGCCACAUCUUUGGGAGCCAUCAUUCACGAGGUAGGCCAUUGUCUUGAUCUUGAGCAUACGACCGAUGGCAUUAUGGCCCGAGGGUUCGACGAUUUGGAUUUCUACUUUACGGUAAUUGAUCGGACCACAUCCACGCCAAUCGCGCAACCUUGUCUGAGUCUAACUCAAACCCUAUCGAAUUCUCAUGGACCUUUGAGUGGACCGGAGAAGAUCUCGGGCAAGGAUCUGAUUGAUCAAUACCAUCUGAAACUUCAUUUGAGUAAAAUCAAGAAACUUUUCGGCGGAGCUUUCUGGAGCGGAUCCGGCGUGCUCAUCCUCAAUCAUCACAAGUGGUUGAACGACUAUGGGAAAUCUCAAUCUUCAAUAUUUCUGUCCAAAGAAAACCAAAUACAAUCGCCAAAGUGGCCAAUCCAAUUGGUCGAUGUUCGUGAUCACAACUUCUUCUCCACGUCCUACCUGGAAGUGGAUGCUCAUACGCUCAAUCUUGCCGAUUUGGACCGCACAUACGGCUCGGCCCGUCAAUUCCUGGUUAUCAAUUCUAUCGGGGAUGUCUUAAAAAUCGAGAAGCCAACUUGAUGCCAACUCUCACCUUUCGUCCAUUCAAAAUUUCCAAUAACACAAUACUUCAAAGCAAAACUCAAUAAAAACAAUUUAUCACAAAGCAAGU